AUGGCAGAGGUGCUCCUCUCGCCGUCUCAUAUCCCCUCCUCCUCUUCCUCGUCCUUCUCCCCCGGAGGCGGCGGGGAGUUGAGCUCGUCGCCGGCGGGGAGAAAGGGGCGGCGGAGGAGCGGCGGUGGCGGUGGCAGUGGCGGAGGGAGGGAGAAGGUGGAGGAGGACCAGCUUUCUCUAUUGACGCUGCUGGUGGCAGCGGUGAGGAAGUCCCUGGUCGGGUGCCGGAAGGACGGCGGAGACGAGCUUCAGUCCAUGGAGAUCGGGGGGCCGACCAAUGUCAGGCACCUCGUCCAUGUCACCUUCGAUCGGUUCCAUGGGUUCCUCGGAUUGCCGGUGGAGCUCGAGCCCGAAGUCCCCCGGAGGCCGCCCAGUGCCAGGUAAUUCCUCUCCUCUCCUCUCCUCUCUCUCUCUCUCUCUCUCUCUCUCCCUCCUGUCUCUCCCUCUCCCUCUCUCUCUCUGCUCGCUGGAAAGAUUUCAUCUUCUUUCCCAUUCAAAGCAAUUUUCUUCAUGAAACAUCUAUGUAGCUGCUGGCAGCUUACCCCAGCUGUUCUCUCUCUCUCUCUCUCUCUAGCUGAGAUCGGAUUAUUGACCAGAAUUUGAUAGAUCUCUUGAUUUUGAUCGUCGAGCAGUGCGAGUGUGUUCGGGGUCUCCACAGAGUCAAUGCAGUGCUCUUACGAUCCUCGGGGAAACAGCGUGCCCACUAUUCUGCUCUUGAUGCAGCGCCGUCUGUAUGAACACGGAGGCCUGCAGGUGCGUUGACUUAGCCCAAAAAACUCAACUUUUCCUCCCUGGGGGGAAAUCAUCCGCUGACCAUCUGGGUAUGAUCCGAUCUCCAGGCGGAGGGGAUAUUCAGAAUCAACGCCGAGAACAGCCAGGAAGAGCACGUACGGGGUCAACUCAACAGCGGCAUCGUCCCCGACGACAUCGACGUUCACUGCCUGGCAGGGCUAAUCAAGGUACCCUCCCUCUCCUACCCCAAACCCUAACCCUAAGCCGAACCCUGAUCUCUGGUUCUUGAGAUGCUUCCGUUGCAGGCUUGGUUCAGGGAGCUGCCAUCGGGGGUGUUGGACCCGUUGACUCCGGAGCAGGUGAUGGCGUCCCAGACAGAAGAUGACUGCGCCGCCUUGGCGAAGCUCCUGCCGCCGCCGCAGGCGGCUCUGCUGGACUGGGCGGUCAACCUUAUGGCCGACGUCGCCCAGCACGAGCUCCACAACAAGAUGAACGCCCGCAACGUCGCCAUGGUCUUCGCCCCCAACAUGACCCAGGUGAUCAGGAAUCUCCAUCUCUCUCUCUCUCUCUCUCUCUCUCUCUCUCUCUCUCUCCUCUCUCUCUUACUCGUUCGUCUUCUUCCUUGCUGAUUCAGAUGGCAGAUCCUCUGACGGCGCUCAUGUACGCCGUCCAAGUGAUGAACUUGCUCAAGACCCUGAUCUUGAGGACGCUCAGAGAGAGACAGGAGGCUGUGCCGACGGCGGCGGCGGCGGCCUUGCCUUCCGGGCCCUCCGACGAGGAUGACCAGAAUGGGGCUCAUCUCCCCAUUGAGGGUGCUUCAGCCCAUGAGGGAGGACAGAGCGAGCCGGCCUGCAGCCCGGAUGAAGCAGUCUUAGAGAAGAAGAAGAAGAAGAAACCAAGGAGAACCAGCUUGAAUCCCAGGAAAGGAGCCAAGAAAACAACUGGGCAAGCUGCUGCUGCUGCAACCACCACCCUCCUCACAAAGAAGUCCAAGGAGGCCACCACCAGCAUUGUGAGCCGGAUAAACCCUAGAAUCGAGCGAGCAGAGGCAUGGCGUUGA